GGCCGGCGGGCGCAAGGCGCGGGGGGACGUGGGGGCAGCGCCUCCGCCCGCCUGCUCGCUCCCCCCGGAGGCGGGGCCGGGCCGCGGCGCCCCGCCCCUCCCCGCCUGGAGUGGGCGGGGCGGCUGGGGAGCCGGAGCUGGGCCGGGGGCGGGCCUCCUCCUGCUUCUCCCGAGCCCGGAGAGCGCCCGGCACUGCGGCCGCCGACGCAGCAGCGGUCCCAGCUCGCCGAGCGUCGAGACGCGCGGGUUCCCGGGCGGCCCGGGCGGGCGCUGCGCGAGGGCGCGCGAGGCGGCGCGGGGCAGGCCGCACGCACCCCCGGUUCGCCUCCCGCCCGCGCGCGCGGACCGGCCCAGCGCAGCCCCGGCACGGGGAGCGCCGGCCGGGCGAGGGCGCGGGCGAUGCCGCGGUGACGGCCCCGCCAUGGCGAAGCCCCCGGCGGCGGCGGCGGCGGCGGCGGCGGCGUCGGAGGAGCUGAGCCAGGUGCCGGACGAGGAGCUGCUGCGCUGGAGCAAGGAGGAGCUGGCGCGGCGGCUGCGGCGCGCCGAGGGCGAGAAGGUGGGCCUCAUGCUGGAGCACGGCGGCCUGAUGCGCGACGUGAACCGGCGGCUGCAGCAGCACCUGCUGGAGAUCCGCGGCCUCAAGGACGUGAACCAGCGGCUGCAGGACGACAACCAGGAGCUGCGCGAGCUCUGCUGCUUCCUCGACGACGACCGGCAGAAGGGGCGCAAGCUGGCGCGGGAGUGGCAGCGCUUCGGGCGCCACGCGGCCGGCGCCGUGUGGCACGAGGUGGCCCGCUCGCAGCAGAAGCUGCGCGAGCUCGAGGUGCGCCAGGAGGCCCUGCUGCGUGAGAACCUGGAGCUCAAGGAGCUGGUGCUGCUGCUGGACGAGGAGCGCGCGGCGCUGGCUGGGGGCGCGGGCGGCGCGGGCGGCGGCGGCGGCGGCGGCGCCGGCUCCCGCAGCUCCAUCGACAGCCAGGCCAGCCUGAGCGGGCCGCUGGCGGGCGGCGCGGCUGGCGCGGGGACCCGCGACGUGGGCGACGGCAGCAGCACGUCGAGCGCCGGCAGCGGCGGCAGCCCCGACCACCACCACCACGUCCCGCCCCCGCUGCUGCCGCCCGGGCCGCACAAGGCCCCCGACGGCAAGGCUGUCGCCACGCGCAGGUCUCUGGACGACCUGUCGGCGCCACCGCACCACCGAAGCAUCCCCAACGGCCUGCACGAUCCCUCGUCCACCUACAUCAGGCAGCUGGAGACCAAGGUGAAGCUGCUGGAGGGUGACAAGCUCCUGGCACAGCAGGCAGGCUCCGGAGAGUUCCGGACGCUGCGGAAAGGCUUCUCCCCGUACCACUCGGAGUCCCAGCUCUCCAGCCUGCCGCCCUCCUACCAGGACUCCCUGCAGAAUGGCCCGGCCUGCGCAGUUCCUGAGCUGUCCUCGCCCCCCUCUGCCGGCUACAGCUCUGCGGGACAGAAGCCCGAGGCUGUCGUGCACGCCAUGAAGGUCCUGGAGGUCCACGAGAACCUGGACCGGCAGCUCCAGGACAGCUGUGAGGAGGACCUGAGUGAGAAGGAGAAGGCCAUCGUCCGCGAGAUGUGCAACGUGGUCUGGAGAAAACUGGGAGAUGCCGCCAGCUCCAAGCCCUCCAUCCGGCAGCACCUGUCUGGGAACCAGUUCAAAGGGCCUUUGUAGGGCUGUUCCUCUGUGGAUGUGGACUGGCCCUGCCUGAGGGCCCCAGACACGGGCAGGCCCCGCGCCGAGCCACUGUCUUCUUUUCCCGUGGUGAAUUGUACAUAGGACGCUGCCUGCCACGGCCUGGCUGCCGGGAGUGCGACUCCAUCUCCCGCCUCUCACACACCAGCAAACCGGGAAGACUGUUCCCGCAGCAGAGCAGCCUGGACAGCCUCGUUCCUGCCCUGGGGCCUGGGCCCUGGGCUUCUCUGACGAGAGGCUGAGGCUGCUCGGAGAUGCCAAGCCCCGGGACCUUGGCGGAGGGGCACCUCAUCAAAAGCCCUGCACCUCUGGCUGCCCCCUGCACUGGACAGAGGCCGCUGGCAGCUGGACUGACACACGGGGCACCACUUCUGACCCGCCCGCUGUGGCCUGAACACCGGCUCCCUAAACACUGGGUCCCCAGAGCCGUGGACAAAGAAACUCACCCGCAGCCCUUCCUCUGGCCCCAGGGCCCAGCCUCCCUGCAGCCAGACGCUGCUUGUCUUUAGAAUGCACAUCCCAACCCCGUCACACACUCUGCAGUGUCCCUUUGCCCCGUUCCAGGUUGUGCCCUAUCUUUUCAGGUCCCUCCUGCCCAGGGCCCGAGGCGCCCCCAUUUCUGUGCUUCACAUGAUGGGCCGUGUGGAGUCUCUGGGCUGGGCCUCUCUCUCUGUGUGGGUGGCACUGGGCCACAGCCGGGCCUCUGCUCAGGAAUGGCAUCCCCUGGAGCCCGGCCCCCUCCCGCAUCACUGUGGACAGAGCUGUGUGGCUGCAGGUGAAGGAGUUCUGCCCUCCUUGGGGGGAGCCCCACUUGGCUCUUUCAUUUUCCUGUGUGACCUUCCGCAAGUCACUCAGCCUCUCCGGGCCCCUGGUGGGAAAUGGAGGGCUCAGAGGUUCAAGGCCACCAGCUCUAGUCAGCCUGUGUCCUCACUCACAGCAUGCGAGCCGAUGGACGAGGCGAGCUGGUGGGUGGGCUGGGUGGGGCUGAGGUCCCACUGCCUCCUCUCGGUGGACGGUCACCUCCCUUUCUGAGCCUCAGUGUCCUCCCCUGUGGUGGGGCGGCCUAAGGCCCUCCUUGCAGGGCUCUGGGGAUCAAAUAAGACCUUCAGUGUAAAAUGACCAUGUAUAAACUGUAAAGUGAGACGUGUAAAUUUGAAAAUUUGUGUGUGAGGGCGAUGAGGCCCAGAGGGGGUACGUGAUCACAUCACAAACAAGAUCCCAGAGCCCUGGAGGUGGGGACGUCCAGGCCACUGCUGUAACCAGCCCUGGUGCCACUCACCGUUUUCAGUUCCUCCACCACCGCUAGACUUCCGCUCUUCAGCGGUACUUAGAGCUCCGUGCAGCGGGCAACACUUGAAGAGCCCAAGAGGCUGUCUUGGCAUCAGGCAGGCCUCGUCCAGGCUCACAUGAGGGACGGGGACCACAUGAGGGGAUGGAUGAGGCCGCGCUGUCCCUCUCCCCAGCGGGGGCUCUGAGCGGUCGCCACCGGCCACCUGCCAUCGAUGCCCUUGUGUCAACUCUCUCAGGGGGAAGGCCCGUGGCCCUCACUGGGCCUGGGGAAUGCUGAGUGGGUGCAGCUGAUGCUGUUACAGGAGGCUCUGGGCUCUCUGGAAGGAGCUGGUCCUUAGGUCAGAUGGUGAGUUCCCCGUCGCUAGCGGUGUACACUGGAGCGGGGUGAACAUUCUUGGUCAUGGUUCCGGGUGAUUCCUGCCCAGGUGGGCAGGGAGCCGGAGGACAGAGGCCCCCUCCUGGGUCAUGGAGUCCAAAGAAGUACAGAGCAGCUGGAGGGGGCCUGGGCCUCUUGGAUGGGAGCCACAUCUGAGAGCCCAUGUGUCAUGUUUGGGUCAGGCUGGCUUGGCCACCACUGAAAAUAAGCAAUAAGUCAGGUGUCCUGAUACCUGCAGGUCUCCUGCAAACUGACCCAGGGAAGAACAGCCUCAAGGGGAACUUUCCCUGCUAGAGGGAGGUGACCCUGUCCCUAAUGCUACGGUGGCAUCCAGGGAGCAGGUAAGGCGUUUCCGCCAGAAGCAGCCACCUGCCCGCCACAGAGGCAGCACCAGCCGGGUGCCGGCGUCUCCUUCCUGCCCCUGUCUGCGUCCCGGAGCCAGCGCUGCAUGGCAAUGGCUUUCUAAGACAGAACCAUCCCUGUGACAUCAUCUCUUUAACAUAAGCUGUUGAAAAGCCUGCAGCGCCUCUGCCUGCCCCACCCCGGGCCUGGGCACAGCUGCAGCGGGAGCCCAGGGCUGGGAGAAGGGCCCCGGGGGCCAGCUCAGGGUGAGUCCCAGCUCUGCCACGAGCAGGAGUGCCCAGAGGGUGAGGCUGGCACCCUUCUCCCAUCCGGAGCCGUAGCUCUGAAAGCUUGUGCUGGGUGUUGCUGAACCUGGUGUCUUUUCAUAAAGGUCCCUUUUUGUUUCCAAUACUCUGAUUCUAGCUCCCGAAGCCCCACGUGACACCUGUGCUGUGGCUUCCGUUCCCACUGUGGUGGAUGUCACCCAGCCUCAUCCCAGGUGGCCAAGCCCAUCCUGGAGUCGGAAUCCACUGAGCACAUUUUUAUCCAAACGUUAUUAGCCACACAUCAGUGUUUAAGGACAAAAAAGUGACCUUUCAUUUUGUUUUUUUCUUGAAAACGAGAGGAAACCAUACUACUGACUUUUUUUUUUUUAAGAAACAAAGGCAACGCAUGACUGCAGAGCGGUAAAGGUGUGUAUUUUUCAUAAGGGGGGGGAAGUAUCUGUGCUGCUCUCCGGGAACGGGUGGGCCGCCUGGCUCCUGUCCGCAGGCCGGCAGCCACGCCCUAUCUUCUGUUGGAUGUGACCGCCAGAGCACUGGGCCGCCCCCUCCCCGGCUCCGGGCAGAGCUGGGAGCCCUGGACUCCUGUGCCGGUUUCUACCUUCUACUGAACCACUUUGAUUUGGGGAGAGAAAAAGAAAUAGAACUUUUUGAUAGUGUGGUAAAAACACUGAUUUGAACUAUUUUAGUAAAAGUAACAGAGAAGAUUGUGAUAGUGUAUACUUUGCGCUAGAUAAAUAAAGGCUCUUUGCAAGCCUCCGUGGUGGGUACACAGUGCUCGUUUGUCUCGGGCGAUGGGGCCCCUCAGGGUGGAUGGUGGGGGCCGCUGACUGCUGCUCCACGGCCUCCAUCCAGUCACAGGCCAGAGAUGGAAAGGAUUUCUAAUCCAAACCCUGCUCCAACCCAGGAACCUCCCUGUGGAGGGACGCUGAUAGUUCCAAACCAGUUUGAAACUCAGCUGUUUCCGCCCACUGGAUGUGGGAGGCUGGCCCACGAAGGUCCUGCCCGGCAGCUGGGCCUCUCCUGCGCAGCUUUUGUCCUCCUGCCUGCUCCUUGACCCCCAGGGCCCAGAGGGAGAAGGUCCGCUUCUGGGCUGCAAACCCAGGGGCUGCUAAGGCCUGGAGUCCCAGCUUCUGCCCAUAACAAACAAAGGGGUCAUUUCAGAACCGAUUUUAUUUGGGUAACUGACUGAAGGAGUCUCGUUUGUAA